AUGGAUGUUUCGGCCUACAGGUACAGGCCACCUAAGCCAAAUUACUUACCGCACGACAUCGAGGUCGACGACCCCAUUGUGGAGGAGUACACAAUCCCGCUUGGCAAAGCCGACGACCGCGAGAAUGCCAUCUUUUUCAACAAGAUGAAGCUUGCAGCGCAGGAGUACGGCAUUGUCAGGCCGAAGGGUUACACGGUCUCGUACCACGCCACCCCCGAGAUGGAGAAGCAUCACUUCGGCCAGACGCACCCCAUGAAGCCGUGGCGCCUGACGCUGACCAAGAGCUUGGUCACAGCAUACGGCAUGCCGUUUGCCAUGGACAACUAUUUGACGCGGGAGGCGACAUACGAGGAGCUCAACUCUUUCCAUUCAAACGACUACCUCGAUUACCUGAUAACGGCAGCGCCCGAGGACCAGCCUCGAGAUAUUGACAACCCGGACAAGGAAGUCAAGUUCAACCUAGGCGGCAGCGACUGUCCGCUGUUCCACGGGCUUUACAACUACUGCUCUAUGUCGGCCGGUAGCUCCUUGGACGCGGCUCGCAAGAUUUGCAGCAACCAGUCCGACAUCGCCAUCGCUUGGGGCGGCGGGCUGCACCACGCCAAGAGAUCGGAAGCGUCGGGGUUUUGCUACAUCAACGACAUUGUGCUCGCCAUCCUGCAGCUGCUGCGCAUCUAUCCGCGCGUGCUGUACAUCGACAUUGACGUUCACCACGGCGAUGGCGUGGAGGAGGCCUUCUUCUCGACCGACCGCGUCAUGACCGUCUCCUUCCACAAGUACCAGCCCGACCAGUUUUUCCCCGGCACGGGCGCGCUCGAGGACAACGGGCCGAAAAACGAGCACAACCCGGGCGCGCACCAUGCCAUAAACGUCCCCCUCAAUGACGGGAUCACCGAUGAACAGUACGAAGCGCUCUUCAAGAACAUCAUCGGUCCCAUCAACGAGCGCUACCGGCCCAGCGCCAUCGCCCUGCAGUGCGGUGCGGACUCGCUCGCAGGCGACCGCCUAGGUCGGUUCAACCUGCGGGUGCAAGGCCACGGCGCCUGCGUCCGGUAUUGCAAGAGCCUGGGCUUGCCCAUGAUCCUGUUCGGCGGCGGCGGCUAUACGCCGCGCAACGUGGCGCGCGCAUGGGCCUACGAGACGUCCAUCGCCAUUGGCGCGGACACGCGGAUCCCCGAGACGAUACCUGAGCACACGCCGUGGCGCGCGCACUUCAUCCACGACACGCUGUUCCCGUCGCUGGAGCAGAGCAUGCACGAGCCGCGACACAACCGCAACUCGGAAAAGCGGCUGCGGGAGAUUGUCGCCCACGUCCACGAGCAGCUGCGGUUCGUGGAACAUGCGCCGAGCGUGCAGAGCCAGAUCAUUCCGCCAGAUUUGGAGGGCAUCCGGGAUGAAGUCGAAGCGCGGCUGAAGGAGGAGAGUGAAGAAAAGGAUGACGGGUUAAGGAAGAUCAGGGAGGAGGGAGUUGGGCAGGCCAUGGAGUUCUAA